AUGAUUGGUGCUUUUUACGGCCUCGGGACAGAUACUUUCUCUAGUACCGAAGAUAUAUGGGAGGGCGUUUUGGGCAUCAUCGCUUCCGUUAUCAUCACUGUUAUGGGAGCUGCUCUUCUGCGCGUAUCAAAGCUCCAAGACAAAUGGCGUGUUAAGCUCGCAAAGGCACUCGCACACGAAAAUAAUCCGAACGAGACGAAGAAGGGUCGAGUGAAGAGAUGGUUAGAGAAAUACGUUAUGUUUAUCCUACCAUUUAUCACGGUUCUUCGUGAGGGACUAGAGGCCGUUGUCUAUGUUGGUGGCGUCGGGUUAGGACUUCCCGCCACGUCCUUCCCCCUAGCUGUCUUUUGUGGCCUUUUGGCAGGUGUCGCAGUGGGCUAUAUCAUCUACCGAGGUGGGAGACAGACUUCAAUGCAGAUAUUCUUGAUUAUCUCUACUUGCUUCCUCUACCUCGUUGCCGGCGGUCUUUUCUCGCGUGGUGUCUGGUACCUCGAGAACAACGCCUGGAACAACAUCAUCGGAGGCGAUGCUUCGGAGACUGGCUCUGGCGCCGGGUCCUACGACAUCAGAAAAAGUGUCUGGCACGUGAAUUGCUGUAACCCGGAGAUUGGAGGAGGUGGUGGUUGGGGAAUUUUUAACGCGCUCCUUGGUUGGACUAAUUCGGCCGACUACGGUUCGGUGAUCUCAUACAACCUGUACUGGGUCUGUGUCAUAAUUGGGUAUGGGCUAAUGCUCUACCGCGAGAGACGCGGUGCUCUCCCUGUCAUCGAUCCAGCUAUGAACAGCGUCGCAAGGGCCAAGGCUAAGACUCGAGCCUUUAUUCUGCGACGUCCCUAUGAAGAUCCCACAGCACCAGUUGAGCCAACAGUUCAUGUUUCCGACAAACGUGCGACGACUGGUGUUUUGGAUCUCUAG